AUGUAGGAGGUAAUUGCGUUCCAUGUCUUGCAAAUUGCAAUAUAUGCUCCACUUAAACAUAAUGCACUACUUGUAAGUCAAAUUAUUACUUAUUUAUUGAUGGUACUUGCGUUUCUUCAUGUCCUACUACAUUUGUUUCUAAUAGUUCAACUAAAUCUUGUGAUUGUCGUCCUAAUAGUUCAAUAUCACCAGGAAAAAAUUCAUGUGAUUGCAAUAAUGGCUAUAUUGAUGUUGCAGGCAAUUGUUAAUUAUGUACUGCAAAUUGUCUUAAUUGUGCCUCAUAAAAUACUUGUAAGGUAUGCGCCUCAGGAUAUUACUUAUUUCUAGAUGGAACUUGUGUUAAUCCAUGUCCAUCUACUUUUGUAAAUGAUAAUUCUAAUUAAUAUUGCGCUUGUCGUGUUAAUAGUAAAUUUUAAGUAAAUACAUGUCCUUGCAAUACUGGUUACAUAGAUAUAGGAGGUAAUUGCUUGCCAUGUGGAUCAAAUUGUGAUCAAUGUUCCACAUAAACAACAUGCACUGUAUGUUCUAAUGGGUAUUUCUUGUUUGUAGAUGGAACUUGUGUUUCUAAUUGCCCUUCUACAUUCACUGUGGAUUCUACUAAUACGAAAUGUAUCUGCCGUAGUAAUAGCUCUCUUUAAAACAAAACUUGUCCUUGUAAUGUUUAAUAUUUAGAUGUUUUAGGUGUUUGCUAAUAGUGCCCAUCUAAUUGUGAUUAAUGCUCUUCAUAAACAGUUUGUAAAGUUUGUACCUCUGGAUUUUACUUAACAAUAGAUAAUACCUGUGUUUCAUAGUGCCCUACUACAUUUGUCAAAGAUUCAACAAAUACUAAAUGUAUUUGUCGCCCUUAUAGUACCUUAUAAAAUUAAGUAUGUCCUUGUAUAUCAUCAGGAUUUAUAGAUCUGA